AACGUGAAACCAAUAUGUCGCCGCAGCAAGUGAAGCGAAGAGUACGCAGAAAAAAAAAAAAUAAGCGAAAAAAAGAAAAACACUCCCAAUGCAGCGACUUCUGCUGAAAAUGCAGAAAUCGCUGCAUUGAAAGAAUAAUUGAGGCAGUUAAAGGAAAAAUAUGGCGAUAGCCAAGGGCAAUUAGAACCAAUGCCAUCCCUGCCACCGGGGUCACCGCCGCCGUCAUCAUCGAAACCACCGUUGUUAUCGGGGCCACCGCCGCCAUCGGGGCCACCGCCGUCAUCGGGGCCACCGCCGUCAUCGGGGCCACCGCCGCAAAAGUAUUUACAGUUACCAACACUAUUGCAGCAGCCGCCGCCGCCGCCGCCGCCGCUGCCACCAGCAUCAGCAUCACCUUCACCAGUGGUAGAUACAUCGUAUCUACCACCAUAUAUCGUAAAAGAGAUCAAGAAUUGGCAGCGGCAGCAGCAGCAACAAUGGCAGUGGCAGCAAAUGGGAGUGGGACAAAAUUACAUGCCAGUUCUACCACCACGGUGGAGUAGAACAGGAGGAGGAAAUCGCGGUCACCGAGGAGGUCGCAGUGGAAAUCGCGGUGGAAAUCGCGGUGGAGGUGGACACCGGCCGGUCCACUUCCAUUUUUAAAACUAUAUACUACUGUCUCUGUUGUUGGUUUCGAAUAUCUCUGGUACUUUACAAUACGAAAUUAAUGAUAUACCACCAUUACAUUUUUU